AUGGACUCCGAGCUCUUAAUUCGAUCCAUUCAAUCGGGACCGGACCGGCCUGGAUAUUAUAAAAUUAUUGGAAUUGCGUUGGCAAUUGGCUCUGGACUGUUUAUUGGAACGUCCUUUGUCCUCAAGAAGGUUGGGCUUCUCAGGGCGAACGAAAAGUACAACGAGGUCGCUGGCGAGGGCUAUGGCUAUCUGAAAAAUGCAUUCUGGUGGAGUGGCAUGACCCUCAUGAUUGUCGGCGAGAUUUGCAACUUUGUCGCGUACGCAUUCACCGAUGCCAUCCUCGUCACACCGUUGGGAGCCUUAUCAGUUGUUAUCACCACAAUACUGUCUGCCAUCUUUUUAAAGGAACGCCUUAGUUUGGUCGGAAAAGUUGCCUGCUUUUUAUGUAUCGUCGGAUCAGUCGUUAUUGUCAUGAAUGGUCCCCAGGAAUCCUCAGUCGCCGACAUUCAGGAGAUGCAAAAGUUCUUCAUUACGCCAGGCUUUCUGUCGUAUGCGGGGGUUAUUCUGGUGGGCUCCGUCAUCACUGCAUUUUACGCUGGUCCCAGAUGGGGUAAGAAAAACAUGCUGGUAUACAUCUCCAUCUGCAGUUGGAUUGGGGGUUUGAGCGUCGUGUCUACUCAGGGCCUUGGCGCGGCCAUUAUCGCUUGGAUUGGAGGUAAGCCACAAUACAAGGAGUGGUUUCUAUGGGUCUUGUUUGUCUUUGUGAUAGGCACACUCUUGACGGAGAUUAUCUUUUUGAACAAAGCUCUAAACCUAUUCAACGCGGCACUUGUCACACCAACAUACUAUGUAUAUUUCACCAGCACAACAAUCAUCACCUCUACGGUGCUAUUCCAAGGAUUCAAAGGCAGUCCUAAGGAAAUUGUCACUGUAGUCAUGGGAUUCCUUACCAUUUGUUCAGGCGUUGUUCUAUUACAAUUAUCCAAAUCGGCUAAAGAUGUUCCGGAUGCUGCCGUGUUCAAGGGAGACCUGGAUCAGAUCCACACCAUCGCUGAACAGGAGCAACCAGAGACAGAACCCAAGGCUGAUGCUAUCCGUGGUGCGGCCGCCAUCGUGCGACGAAUUUCCCAUGCUCGUUUGAGGAUGGAAGCAGACGAACUGAAGAGGCUCCACGAGGAGAAAAUGGCCGAGAGUAUGGCCCCAAUUAGCGAGGAUGGACGCUCAGAAUACGAAUGGGACGGUCUGAGACGAAGGAGAACUUUGGCGGCGAGCACAAGAGCCCGGUCUGCGACGUCACCUCAGCCUCCGACACCGUCGAUUCGAGCAGUGGGAAGUCCGAUAAGUCCUCAUCCUCCGUUGGGGAUGUCACGUUUCCCAACGGAAGAGGAGCUUGAGCAAGAGGAUCGAAACACUAUUUUUUCGAGCAUUGCCGGUACAAUUCGGGGGCGGCCAAGAACCAGCACUACAUUACCGACUUAUGAAGACGAGUACCCUGACAAGGCGAGGAGUCCGCUACACCCGAUCCCAUUGACGCAUAUACAACUACCGACCCAAAAACCUGAUGAUGAGGCUGGAGCCUAUUAUGGACAGACUCGCGAACAUGUGUUUGAUGGUCAAGAUACUGCAUAUCACGGUGUCGCAAGUGGAAGUGUUCAGGACGUUCCCCCUACACCGCCUCCGCACUCUGCCCGGCGUCAGUUCUCCUUCAACCGUGUGUUCCGUCGAAACACUGGGCCAACAGAAGAGGAAAGAGUUGGCCUUGUCAAAGAGGGGGAAACAGAAACCCAUCCAUCAUUUAUCUAG